GCCGGUGCGAGGGCGCCGGGCCGGGGCGGGCAGGCCGCGCCGGGCCAGGCGAUCCAGACUCCCGCCGCGCCGGGCUCUGAGCUCGCCCGCCCGGGAGGGAGCGGGGCUGGGCGCGGCGCGGGGCCGGCGCGGGCCCGGGAUUGGCUGCGCGGCCGCUGGGUCCCACAAUGCAGCGCAUGGCGCGUCAUUGAAGAGAGACCAUGAUGGCGGCGGCGGCGGCUGCGGCGGUGGGGGGCGCCCCCGAGGUGAUCGCCCAGCUGGAGAACGCGGCCAAAGUGCUCAUGGCACCACCUUCCAUGGUCAAUAAUGAACAACGCCAGCAUGCCGAGCACAUAUUCUUAUCAUUUAGAAAGUCAAAAUCACCAUUUGCUGUUUGCAAGCAUAUUUUGGAAACUAGUAAAGUGGACUAUGUCCUUUUUCAAGCUGCCACAGCGAUAAUGGAAGCAGUUGUAAGAGAAUGGAUUCUCCUGGAAAAAAGUAGCAUCGAGUCACUGCGAACAUUCCUUCUAACCUAUGUCUUACAAAGGCCUAACCUUCAAAAGUACGUACGGGAGCAGAUUCUGUUAGCAGUAGCAGUCAUAGUGAAACGAGGAUCAUUAGACAAAUCAAUUGACUGCAAGAGCAUUUUCCAUGAAGUCAGCCAGUUGAUAAGCAGUGGUAACCCCACUGUGCAAACUUUGGCCUGUUCUAUUUUAACGGCAUUGUUGAGUGAGUUUUCAAGUUCAAGUAAAACCAGCAACAUUGGAUUAAGCAUGGAGUUCCAUGGUAACUGUAAACGUAUAUUUCAGGAGGAUGAUCUCCGGCAGAUCUUCAUGCUUACAGUAGAGGUACUUCAGGAAUUCAGCAGACGUGAAAACCUCAAUGCUCAGAUGUCUUCGGUGUUUCAGCGUUAUCUUGCACUAGCCAAUCAGGUCUUAAGUUGGAACUUUCUUCCUCCAAAUUUGGGCAGACAUUAUAUAGCUAUGUUUGAAUCCUCACAAAAUGUGAUGCUAAAGCCAACAGAGUCCUGGCGUGAGACCCUUCUGGACAGCAGAGUUAUGGAACUUUUCUUUACAGUACAUCGAAAAAUCAGAGAAGAUACAGAUAUGGCACAAGACUCACUACAGUGCCUAGCACAGCUAGCCUCUCUACAUGGGCCAAUCUUUCCUGAUGAAGGCUCACAAGUUGAUUACCUGGCACACUUCAUUGAGGGAUUAUUGAAUACUAUCAAUGGAAUUGAAAUAGAGGACUCUGAAGCAGUGGGAAUUUCUAGUAUUAUCAGCAACCUGAUAACCGUGUUUCCUCGCAAUAUUUUAACUGCCAUUCCAAGUGAACUUUUCUCUUCAUUUGUUAACUGCCUCACACACCUGACCUGUUCUUUUGGGAGAAGUGCUGCACUGGAAGAAGUGCUUGACAAAGAUGACAUGGUAUACAUGGAAGCAUAUGAUAAAUUGCUGGAGUCCUGGCUUACUUUGGUACAAGAUGACAAACAUUUCCAUAAAGGCUUCUUUACCCAACAUGCUGUUCAGGUUUUUAACUCUUAUAUUCAGUGCCACCUAGCUGCUCCCGAUGGUACAAGGAAUUUGACUGCCAAUGGUGUAGCCUCUCGUGAGGAAGAAGAAAUAAGCGAGCUGCAGGAAGAUGACAGAGACCAGUUUUCUGACCAGCUGGCAAGUGUUGGCAUGCUGGGAAGAAUUGCUGCAGAACACUGUAUACCUCUUCUUACAAGUUUAUUAGAAGACCGAGUGACGAGGCUCCAUGGUCAGUUACAAAGGCAUCAGCAGCAGUUACUUGCCUCACCAGGAUCAGGCUCAAUUGACAAUAAAGUGCUUGAUGACCUGUAUGAGGAUAUCCAUUGGCUUAUUUUAGUCACAGGCUACCUCUUAGCUAAUGAUACUCAGGGAGAGACUCCGUUAAUACCUCCAGAAGUAAUGGAAUAUUCCAUUAAGCAUUCAACUGAGGUUGACAUCAAUACAACACUUCAAAUUUUGGGAUCUCCAGGAGAAAAGGCCUCUUCCAUCCCAGGGUACAACAGAACCGAUUCUGUCAUUAGGUUAUUAUCUGCCAUCCUAAGAGUUUCAGAAGUAGAAUCUCGAGCAAUAAGGGCAAAUCUAACACACCUUCUGAGCCCACAAAUGGGAAAAGAUAUUGUCUGGUUUCUUAAGCGCUGGGCAAAGACCUAUCUCCUAGUGGAUGAAAAGCUGUAUGACCAGAUAAGUCUGCCAUUUAAUACAGCAUUUGGUGCAGAUACCGAGGGUUCACAGUGGAUUGUGGGUUAUCUGUUAGAAAAAGUAAUCAGUAACCUGGCAGUAUGGAGUUCUGAACAGGACCUUGCAAAUGACACUGUGCAACUGCUAGUAACAUUGGUGGAAAGGAGAGAGCGGGCAAAUUUAGUAAUUCAGUGUGAAAAUUGGUGGAAUUUAGCUAAGCAGUUUGCAAGGCGAAGCCCACCUCUCCAUUAUUUGUCUAGUUCUGUGCAAAGAACACUAAUGAAAGCGUUAGUUUUGGGAGGUUUUGCUCAUAUGGACACAGAGACAAAACAACAGUAUUGGACUGAGGUUCUUCAGCCGCUUCAACAGCGAUUCUUGAAUGUGAUAAAUCAAGAAAACUUUCAACAGAUCUGUCAGGAAGAGGAGGUGAAACAGGAAAUCACUGCCACACUAGAAGCACUUUGUGGCAUUGCUGAGGCUACCCAAAUUGACAAUGUAGCAAUCCUCUUUAAUUUUCUAAUGGACUUCCUCAACAAUUGUAUUGGAUUAAUGGAGGUGUACAAAAACACACCAGAGACUGUUAACCUCAUAAUAGAAGUCUUUGUUGAAGUUGCACAUAAACAAAUAUGCUAUCUUGGAGAGGCCAAAGCCAUGAAUUUAUAUGAGGCCUGCCUAACUUUGCUUCAAGUGUAUUCCAAAAAUAAUUUAGGUAGGCAGCGCAUAGAUGUUACGGCAGAAGAGGACCAAUACCAGGAUCUUCUUCUUAUUAUGGAGCUUCUUACUAACCUUCUGUCAAAAGAAUUUAUAGAUUUCAGUGAUACAGAUGAAGUAUUUAGAGGACAUGAGCCAGGACAAGCUGCAAAUCGAUCCGUUUCAGCAGCAGAUGUUGUUUUAUAUGGAGUUAAUUUAGUUCUACCUUUGAUGUCCCAGGAUUUGCUCAAAUUUCCAUCUCUGUGUAAUCAGUACUACAAAUUAAUCACCUUCAUCUGUGAAAUAUUCCCAGAGAAAAUUCCACAGCUUCCAGAAGACUUGUUUAAAAGCCUAAUGUACUCACUGGAGUUAGGGAUGUCAUCAAUGAGUUCUGAAGUGUGCCAGCUUUGUCUGGAAGCUCUAACACCAUUAGCAGAACAAUGUGCAAAAGCACAAGAAACAGAUUCAUCCCUCUUUCUAGCAACAAGGCACUUUCUUAAGAUGGUCUUUGACAUGCUGGUACUGCAAAAGCACAAUACAGAAAUGACAACUGCAGCAGGAGAAGCAUUCUACACGUUAGUGUGUUUGCAUCAGGCAGAAUAUUCAGAGCUAGUUGAAACAUUGCUAUCAAGCCAACAAGAUCCAGUCAUUUACCAGCGAUUAGCAGAUGCCUUCAACAAGCUUACUGCAAGCAGCACUCCUCCUACACUGGACCGUAAGCAGAAGAUGGCCUUCCUAAAGAGUUUAGAGGAAUUUAUGGCCAAUGUUGGCGGACUUCUCUGUGUAAAAUAAACAACAAAACUCCUAUGCCUCAUUUAGACCCUUUCUGCAAAAUGCACUGAGAAAUGCUGAAUGCUGACUAAAUCUUGUAACUAUUUCCGGGUUCUUUGCAGCCAUCUCAGAUUUUAUAGAGCCUGGAAGUUUGAUAUAACACAGUGAAAUAGGAGAGGUCAACUUUGAAUCAGCUUCUGCUAUUGUGUGUUAGCCACAAUCUGUCAUACUUUGUUUGUUGUAAAGAAUGAACAGCAAAUUGACAUUAAAAAUGUGCAAACCAAUAUGGGCACAGUGAAAAAUAGCUUCAGUGCCUUUUCCCCAUUGGUUUAAAAUGUGAGUGGCCAGACAGACUUUUACAGAAUAUUUUUUUUGUUACUGAAAAUCAUUGUAGAGUAUGACGUAGACACGUACAAAACUGUAAACAAUUUAGCUAAUUCAAACUUUUUUUCCUCUCUGAAGGUUGAAUUAGUGAUCCAAUGAAAAAACACCAAAUGGUAUUUUAAACUUGUGUUUUGUUUUUCUACAUCAGCCUGGUGUUGCAUGUUUUAUGUAAUACAGGUUUCUAUGUUCUGUUCUGCUGCCUGAAGUUCAAAAGGAAAAAGGUGUAUAUUUUUGUUCCCCUAAAAUGAACUUUAGGAACUGUAGCCAUUUCAUUGCCUUAAUUUUAAAAAGAGAAGAAAAGAAAAAGCUGAUACACUUUAGAUAAGAAGUGUAAGGCAAGAUUUGAGUCUUCAGAGUUAGCUUAGGAUGUUGGCAUUAAGCUGCUGGGUAUCUGUUGCAGCCCUCUUCAUGUGGAUGUACAAGUAAUGUUGGAGUGCGAGUCUAAAGCAAGGUUCAUGUGUAGUUUUACUUUCAGUACCUGUUUUAACCCACACCCAAGUCGCACACAGCUGCAAUGUAUUUCUACACUGAACCAUUUGCUUAAGCAAUAACAAUUCAAAGGGUGUAAAUUAUUGAUUUUACAAACUGUUUUUUAAGUUGGGGCAUUAGAUAAAACAAUUAUGCUAGACUGGGGGUUCCAAAUGGUGUUUUAGCCAAGGGCCAUAUAUAUUUGUUUUUUAGGGGCAGAAAGACUAUUAGUAUCUGCAGUGAAUUUUUUUCCUGCUACAACCUCCAGACCGUUUGGUGCUCUUGCCUCUUGCUCCUUUGCUCAGCUGUGUGUGAGAGCAUGUAAGUUCUUGGGAGCACGGGGGUGAUUUCAUAUUGCCAGCCAAUAGCUGGAUAUAGCAGAACAAGGGAGAGAAACGCGAGAACGUGGAAUCAGAUCUAAGUCAUGAGCCAGACAAAGCUGAAAUGAACACACACAGGUUGUAUGCUGGAUACAAGGUUUUUGUCAGGGAGCAGGCAGGGAAGAAUUUGGCCCUUUGGUCUUAUGCUUGAGACCUCUGCUAGAUUGUGAUGUUGAAUGUUUUCCAUGUGGUUUUUACAUUUAUAUAAAAUGUACAGUAUAUACACCUUUACAGUGCUGUAUAUAUCAUCAUGUUUGCAACUGUGCCAUUCUUCAGCUGUUCAUCUCAACAACAACAAAAAAUCACAUUUGCCAGAAUUACAAAUGGCAUAAAUCUGUAGCACUGUGCCAGUCACAGUGGUCCAAGGCAUACUUUGAGUUAAAUCCAUGUGUGUCCUGUAUGGAAUAUGAGGGCAAAAAGUGCCAUCUCUUCAGAACAUUUUCUCUCUCAACUUAAUCUGUUGCUAAUAUGAAAACUGGGCUGGAAUAAACCUACACCUUAAGAUACCCAUAAAAUGUGUUAGACAAUAUUCCUUUACAAUUAAUACUGUAUUUCAUCUGUUUUAAGAUUUUCAGUAAUGUUUUUUGAACAGGGAAAUUGUCUUCACAUUUCUUCCUUGAAAAUAUUGCUUUCUUAUAUAUGCAACAAAACGACUUGCAUUUGUGAUGGGAAAAUGAUGCUAGUGUGUCAUUCUGUUUUAUUCAGCCUUGUUUCAUCAUAUGGAUUGCAAAUUUAUAGGAGCUGCUUUUAGCAUUCACAUCUGAGUUUUUACGUUCUAUAGCAGUUUUCAAAACAUACUCUUUGUUGAAAAGCAGUUCAGACUUAGAAGCAUGAGCAAUAGUAAGAAUUGCUAGUCUACAUUGGCAUUGCCAAGCAUUGAAUUAAUGGGCCAGAUUCCUCAAAAACAAAAAUUUUUACUUUUUCAGAUCUGAUUUGAAAAAAAUAAUGUGCUCAAACAGUAUGUCAAACAAAUAUAUCCAAUAUUUUCAGAAUUACUUUAUUUACUUAAAAUAGUGCCUCCCAUUCAUGCUGACCUCCAGGCAUUCUAGAGAUUAUUCCAAAAUUUCUGUGGUUUAUUGAGCCUAAUUUUGUUAAUAUUAAAAAAAAAAAAAAAAAGCCAACCCAAAAAGCAAAACUACUAAACCAAUUCCCUUUUUUUGAUUAAUCUAGCCCAGUGUACAUUCAAGAUCACUGACACAAUGUGUUGGCUUUAAGAGCUGGCUAGGCUAGCUGUAGACAUUGACAUUCAUAGGUGGCUGUUGAAGAAUACUUAAAAUUUAGUUUAUUUUAUCCUUUCAUUUUAAGUGAACUUUAUAUGAAGGGACACUGUCCAGUAAGUUUUUAAAUUUUGUAUUUUUUUUUUUUUACUUUGUUGCAUUUAUUUUACAAGCUUAACAACAUUUUUCCUGAUUGCUUUUUUUAAAACUGUCAGUAUGUUAAACAUUGAUCUUUUCACCUCACCUGGUGUUUUUGCGGAGAAAAUGCAAAGAUGUCUGUUUGUGUGCAAUAACUUCAUAGAUGACACUAAAGUUUUGGGAAUCGUUUUGUUUUUUAAAUUAUACUUCUGGCUGGAUGUCUGCUCCUGCACAUAACCUACUUGACUUGUCCCUUUUAAAAAAAAUUACCUUCUCUGAGAUUUUACAUUCCUCAGCAAUUAAAGCGUUACAUCAAAAGUCUGAAGAAUGCCACAGAAAAAGGACUCCCAGUGACUUCUGUGGCUUUGAAAUCAACCCUGAGUCUGUUUGAAAUUGAUAAUGUGAUGAUAUCACUGCAUUGAUUUUCCCCCCCCCCCAAACUCACUUUGCAAAGUGAAUCAUGGUUUGAAACAAACAUUUUUCAUGUUUUUCAACCAAUGUAUAAAACUCCAACUGAUAUGUAUUGUAACUUUUAUAUUUUUCUUUGUGAAAAUGCAAGAUGAGUUCUUUGCUAAAACAGAUUGUUACCACUGGGUUUCAGUUCUAAAGCUGGGGAUUCAAAUAACUUGUAUUUUUUCUCUCCACAUGUCUUUUGAUUUAAAUAACCAUUUCUAGUGCUAACUAGCCACAUCCAGGACCAUUCCUAGGAUACAGCAAAUUGGGGCAACUGCCCCAGGCCCCGUGCUUUGGGGCGGGGGGCCCUGCGGAGCCGCAUGGAGCGCAUGCGACCCCUCCCACAGGGCCCGCCUGAAUCUGGCAGCUCAGCCCUGCACUGCGGAAGAAUCAUGGAGACCCUCUCCUCUUUGCGGAGGUACCACGGCCCCACGCAGUGUUAGGGGACCCCCACAUAGGAUGAUUUGCCCUGGGCCCCGCAUCCCCAAGGGUCAGCUCUGGCCACAUCCCUGCAGUUCAACCUAUUAGCUGGUAAAGCUCUAUUGGGGUGUCUUCUAAGGUCAUGAAAUUCAAAGCCUACAAAAAUAUAGGUUCAUGUAGAGAGGGAAGGGUGACCUUCAUUGAAGCUCUGCUUUCAGGUCCAUUGCAUUUUAAUUUUCUAUAAAUCACAUGGAACUUUGUUUAUGCCACUCCUAACAGGUAAGAAGUUAUUUCGUUUUGAGUGAUCAAAAGGCUCCCUGUUUUCCUCAGGAACUGAGAGAUUUUUGUCUGUAGGCCCAAAUCCUGCUAGUUGAGAGAGAGAGUCUGAGAUUUGAAUCUGGGUCUCCUGCUUGAUAGUGUAUAGCACUUCUUAAGCCACAAAUGUUUAGUGGGAUCUCGCCCUGUAUAUUUAAACUCUGUAGUUUUAGAGGACAAGCUUGGUCAGAAAAGGUCAGUUCCCUUCAUAAAGAGAUCUUAUUCUAAAGAAAUUGUUUUCAUUUCUAAUUUCAAUUAUUUUAAAAAUAAUUUGUUUAAAAUAUAAAAAUAUGUAGUAUUUCUAUUGUAAAACACUUUUAUAUAAUUGCAAUUGAAAUGACUUCAUUACAUCUUAAACUGAAGGGGUUUUUAUGAGAAUGGCUUGAUGAUGGACAGAGCAUGGGAAUGGAAGACCAACUCCCAAAUUUUCAUACCAGCUUUUCCACUGACUCCCUUUGGGGUCAUGGAUGGGUCAUUUAAAAGCUGUCUCAUCUGUAAAAUGGAGAUAAUACCUACCUCACAGGGGUGUUGUGAGGAUUGGUUUAUGCCUAUAAAGUGCUUUGAAGAUCUAAAAUGUUAUGUAAAUAUUUAAUGUUUUUAAGUUUAGCACUUACAUAAGGUGUGUGAUUGACCACAUUGAAGUGACUAAGAGAGCACAGGCAGCAGUUCUGUAAUAUUCAAGAAGGAUAGUCCACCACAGUACAGUACAGUAAACGCCUACUGUAAAUUGUAGUUUAGAUGACUGCUAUAAAAGUAAUUUCCCAUCAUGUGCCUCAGUUCUAGUCUUAAGAGUAAAAUGAUGAUUGUUUCUAAGCUGAUUCAGCCUUUGGUGCCUCUAUUGAGACAUCCAACAAGGUUGCCACUUAUAGCAUAUUUGGUUUGGUUAGCGGGGAAGGGUGAGCAUUAGGUUAUUAUGCUAGGAACUAAAAUCACUAGCCCAUUUCACAAGAGUCAUGGCUGUGCUGGUUAGAGAAACAGUGGUCAGUGUAACCGGGGCUUGACCACAGGAAUCAAAUCCAUGGAGCUAAGCUUUGCCUAGUUUUAUGAAUUGGCUCCGAGCAUGACUAGAUCCUGACAAGAAAUUCAAAGUAGUACUUCCUAAGAUGGUGGUUUGCUAGAGCGGCAAUUUAUGCUGAUUGGGGAAAUCCUGUUAACAGAACUGUAACAUGUAAGUGAGCAAAUGUCACACCAAAACCUUUCUCACUACAAUAUUUUGAAUUCAGCCUUGGAAAUCAAGGUGUAUGAGCUUUCCUAGCCCUUCCAUUCUGGUCUGUGAAUUGAGAUUCUAUUUGUCUGCCCCUUUUCUUUUCUCUUCCCUUCCUCUCAACACGUUUUCACAUCAUUUCAUGAAAAUACACUGAGAGAGGUUUAGCAGAGAUCCAUAAGCAACUCUCACAUCUUCAAAUUUAGAGAUGUUGUGGGACACAGUUUUUUCCAGCCAGUGUGGUUUGAGAUUUGAAUUGGGUAAAAAUCCUUUCUGAUGCCAGUCCUCAUGGCAUUUGCAAUCUGCAGUUGAAUUAUCCUAGAUGUUACAGUUGUAUGAAAAUAGAAUACACUCAUUUGUUUCCUUUCUGCAGAAUAAGGAACCUUCAUGCAGUGAACUUGUGGUUUUAAGGGAAUAAAUACUAGUAGUAUUGCUGUCAAUCGUAAUAUGUAAAUACUUUAUGUUUAAUUUUUAAAAAAUUACAAGUCUAUUUCAAGUUUAAAAAUGGGGAUUGAAGUGGUAGUUCAUUUCAAUUGCAUUUUCUCUGUACAAUUGAAUUAUGGCAGUUGAAGGCAUAAAGUUGAAUAUAAUUAUUUCACAAUUGCUGCAAUAGGACUUUUUAGGAAGCAAAUGGCUAUAUAGUAAAGUCUUAUCAUAAGCUAAUAUCCAAUUUAAAAAUGAACACAUGCAUUUUUGAGAUCCAUGAAUGGGGUGAAGGUAAAAAUUGUUUUCCAUUAAGAAUGUCUUAUAUUUUGUUUUGGCCAUUUUGACUUGUGUGUACUAUUGCUUGUUUUUUCCUGGUAUUUCACCUGCAUUGAAACCAUGAACAAGUGUGAUAUACAUUCAUGUAAUAGAAAUAGGAAUGUUCUGAAAUCCCAAGGCAAAGUUUUUUCUUUUAUGGCAGUGUGAAUUUGAAGUAAACUCAGUUGAAAUCAGUAAUUCUAGAUUUUACAGCAUACCACUUGGAGCAAGAAUUUGGCCGUAUACAUGCUGACACACAACUUCUAUAGCAGGGACAAAAGAACAUCUGAUAUUAAAUUUAUAAGGCAAAUAUUUCAUCAGGAGGAACAGGGACAAAUGUUAAAUGCAAUUGUCCCCUAAAGUAUAUAGCAACAUCUUGAUUCCAUGUGUUGUGGAGACAGAAAUACACUAUCUAGAAAUCUUGUAUUCAUCCUGAAUAGCUAAACAGUUUAGUUCACUACUUGUUUUCCAAAUGUUAUCUUUUAAUCUGCUCUUGCACAUAAGUUGCAUGCAACUGUUACUGAUGUCUUUCAGAAAAGUUCAGUUAAUGUUAGCAAUCCUGAUGUAUGUACUUAUUUUGAGUCAACAGCUACUCCAUAUUUUGUUCCCUUUUCUUUUUCAUGCUUUCAGGUAUUUCAAAUUGCUUCACAUCCUGAAAGUAAAACUACAAUGGCAACAGUGUGCUAUACAUCUUGACUAUGUUUUAAGUUUAAUUUUAUGGGCUUCAGAAGUAUACUUACAACAGUAAUAGAUUUGUGUUGGCCAGUCUUUAAUUCAGUGAAAGCUUGGAUAAGAGAGAAGAAAAUGUUCUAUUGGGAACAACUCACAAAGUUUAAAAUAAUAUUAUGUCCAAGAGCCUUUCAUGUAGAAAUUGAGCUAUUCUGCUUUACAUUAACAAAUUUGAGGUCUGGAAUAAAUUUGAAUGAUUUGGGUACAAAGCCUUUAUUCACACUUCUUCAUGUAAGUGUCUGGAAACGCUUUUUCAUUUUGUUUGUAUGUACUGCUUACCUCGUUGUAGUGUUCAAGAGUUCCCCCUGCCCAGAUGCUAUUUCUUGUGAACAAGUGUGUCAGCUCUUUAUCUUCCUAUUGAAAUUAUUUUUUUUCUUGCAAAUUGGCAAGAAAGAUGUUUAAAUGAAUCUGUGGGAAACAAAAGUAGUUGUGACCUCAAAAUGGGGGCAAAAGAAGUCCCUAAAUCUUGAUGGGAUUAUGAAACAUUGGAAUUUCAAUUAAGCACACUUGAAAACAUUCAUUCUGGAAUGCAUCUGAGAUCUGAUACUGCUACCAAUGUGUGUCAUGAAUUUCAUUUAAUUAAAAUAUUUAUGUUUGGGUAAUGCUCUAGAAAAAAAAUCUUUUUUUUUUUAAUGCCAGUACAAAUUUUGAUUCAUUACAAAUUUCACUGUUCACUUCCAGUUAGAUGUUUUAGUCUUGUUUGAUGCUGCAUUGCAUUUACAAAAUUAGCAGGGUACAAUAGCAGCUUUGCAUAUGAUGUCCUAUUUCUCUGCCCUCCCAUAUCUGGCCUGAAUAGGAAUUUCUAUUCACUGUUACAAACAAGCUUGAUUUGCUCCAUCUCAGUGCUUUGAUUCUAGUAAAAAUACAAAUUGGGAUUGUGACACAUCACAACCACCACAAAUCUGUUGCUGAACAUAAUAUUUACUGAAGAAGAGUGCCAUUGUGAGAUUCCAGCAAAAUGUUCAGUUGAAAGUUGGCUCCACAUCUAUUCUAAGAAGUUGUAAGGACUCUUUAAUUGUAGUACUAUACCUAAUUCUUUGUAUAAACCAAUCCUUUUUAGUGGCAUUUUGUUAGCUUCAAAUAAUUGCCGUUACUGUCAACAAUGUUUUAAAGUUUUUAGGAACUCUCCCAAGAUCAGCGCUACUUUUGAGAAGGCUUAAAUUCUUCGGCUAUUCUAAGGAAAGACUGCUCUAAAGUACUUUUUUUGCCUGUCUGCAGGCUUUUAUGCACUUUCAUUAUUUCUUAAAAACUGCUGUUGAAAAUGUACUGUAUCCUGCGUAUGGAUUUUGAUAAGCGCACAUAUAUUUAAAUAACUCAUUCAGCCUCAGGAAAGCAAGAGAAUAUAGAUACCUGUUUUGUAUCUUGGUUAAAAUGUGUUUGUUAUCUACAUCCUUUAAGGUGGCCAGAUCAUGUCUAGAUCCAAUGACUGUACAUGUGGACUAGUAUAACCUGUAAAAGAAGGGCAGUGUAGACAUUGCAUUUGUGGACUGAAAAGCUUAUUUCCCUCUUCCUAUAUUUUGAAUUGGAGUAAAAAAAAAAAAAAGUCCCAACUUUUCAGGGAAAAAAAAUCGUGUUUAUUUUUUUGAACAUUAGCUUACUUCUAUUUGCUUCCUCCUCAAAGAAAGUGUGAAAUAAGUGCAGAGGUAUAUGUAGGAAAAUGGUGUAAAAACUGCUGCUGUACAAAAUGUUUGCUACUUGACUGCAUUUUUGUUUCACUUUAAUUUUACUGGUUUUGCUAAAUAUAUUUUAUAUAUUUUC